AUGGGUCGUCUCUCUGGAAAGAACGCUGUCAUCACUGGCGCUGGCGGUGGCAUUGGUCUUGAGACCUCCAUUCUCUUCGCCAAGGAGGGUGCUUCCAUCCUCAUGUCCGACAUCUCCCAACCUGCUCUCGAAAAGGCCGCCGCAAAGGUCAAGCAGCUCGUCCCCGAUGCUCCCCGCGUCGAGAUCCUCAAAGUCGACGUCUCCAAGGAAUCAGAGGUCCAGGCCAUGAUCGAAUCCCUCGACUCCUGGGGCGGCAUCGAUGUCCUCUUCAACAACGCCGGCAUCAUGCACGCCCAGGACGACGACGCCGUCAACACCCCCGAGAACAUCUGGGACCUCACCCAGAACAUCAACGUCAAGGGCGUCUGGUUCGGCUGCAAGCACGCCGUCCUCUCGCUGCGCCGCAACAAGAAGACAAAGGCCUCCAUCAUCAACACCGCAUCCGUCGUCGCCCUCGUCGGCGCCGCGACUCCCCAGCUCGCAUACACCGCCAGCAAGGGCGCUGUCCUCGCGCUCACCCGCGAACUCGCCAUGGUGCACGCCCGCGAGGGCUUCAGGUUCAACAACCUUUGCCCUGCGCCGCUCAACACACCGCUCCUGCAGGACUGGCUUGGUGAUGAUAAGGAGAAGCGCCAUAGACGUGAGGUUCACUUCCCUAUGGGGCGGUUUGGUGAGGCUGUUGAGCAGGCACAGGCUGUUUUGUUCUUGGCCAGCGAUGAGUCGAGCUUUGUCAAUGGGCAUGAUUUUGCGGUUGAUGGUGGUAUGACCAAGUGCUAUGUUACUGCUGAGGGACCUGCGCAUCCUCCUCCUGAGAACAAUGCUACCAAGGACUCGUUGUAA